AUGGUUACUACUGAAAGAUCAAAUAUCACAAGCAUAACAUCAAAGAUUAUAAAUGAUGACACAGAAGUUGAGUUGAGAAACACAAACAAUCUACAAUCGACUGGACUGGAGUUGUAUGCAGUAUCAACUGCUGGAGGACAGUCUAUUGAAAGUCAGUACAGUGUCAUUAGGAAAGGUGAUAUAAUGGAAUAUGAAAAAGUACCUCCACCAAUACCUCCUCAUUAUAAUUACAAUGAAAUAAAUGAUGAAGAGAAUGGACAAAGCCCCAUCUACUCUACAGUCAAUGCAAAUCAAGUUGAAUCAGCUAAUAAGGUCCUGCUUUAUGCUGAUGUAAUGAUAGUCCCUAAGGACAGUAGACCACAGUGUCCACCCACUAGUGUUCAACCAGUAACAUAUGCAGUAAUAUAACAUUGAAAUUUCUUGCUGGUUCCAGGUUACAUUAUUUGCUGUAACAUAAACUUUUUUGUAAUAAUGUAUUUUUAAAUAUUUUUAAACUUUUUGUGUAGCAUGUCUGAGUGUGCAUUAACAUCCAUUAAACCAUUAAUUCUUUGAUAUAUAUCACUAUGAUAACAAUCAGUCCACACUAUACAUUA